CUCUCUCUGUCCUAGAUAAUCAGCAAUCACUUGCUAGACCUUCAAAACGUGAGUGAUUCAUUUACCUUGCUUACUACAUCUCAACCCAUAUAUCUAUAGGGCAUCUCUGUCACCUUUCAUCAUCCUCAAAAUCACUCGUCCAACUCAUAAAAUCUCCUUCUCAAAUGGCCUUCAACAAUGCUCAGCUUCGUCCUGUCGUUGUGUUCAAAAACCAAGGCUUUCGAAACGCCAUAGUUUACUCAAGGUAUCUUUGUUGCUUCCGCGAUCGUCCCAUCUAUCCCUUAUUCACCAUCUCUCCUUCAGCCUUCUCAAAAUAUGACAUGGAUAUUCCCUCUCUCAUUGCUAGAUUGGGACGGGAAUCAUUGACUAAGGAUCAACGCUUUCUUCACUGUCCUGAAGCAGUCAGGCUAUUCUAUGUCAACAUUCGUCGUGACCAUGGUACUGCACCACGAUCCUUCAACACCAUGGUUUAUGACCAUGAAAUCACAGUCACACCAGACCUUCUUGCAUCGGUUCUAUCACUUCUUCAUUCUGGGAUUAAGGCAAGUUAUGAUAGUGAUUUUGCUAAACAAGGGUUUGACUUUUGUGUUCCCCUUGAUCGGCUGACCUGCGACAUUGGCAAGACUUUCUCCAACCAGCUGUCAGUUGGUCAAUUUCAUGAUGAUCUAAAAGUCCUGCACUUUUUCGUCACUCGAUGCUUCCUUUCCCGCGACAUCACAAGUGUUGGUCUUCUUCAUUCCUUGGAUCUCUGGAUUAUGGGAAAUUCUCGUGCUCGUCAACCCAUAAGUUAUGCAUCACUGAUGUUUGCCCACAUGCUCGAUUUUGGCGACGGUGCCUGCAGGGGUGCUCUACCCUUUGGACCCCUCAUCACUCGCUAUUUACAUCACCUUGGCAUUGAUCUUCGCGACAAAGUAGCAGUGUGUAAUGUCCAUGAUGAUCUAUGCCCUAAUCAUGUCCUCGUUCCUCUUGAUGCUAACGUAGGGCGUCGUAAGCUAGUCUCUGGCUCAGGGGAAGACGUUGUGCCCUGCUACUCAGCUUUCUCUCCUGCUGAUCCUAGCUCUGAUAGCUUGAUUACAGCCUUGAAUCAAGCUGCAGUAUUAGCCAUAGAUAGUGAGGUCAAGCGUCAAAAAGAAACUGGUAAUGGAAAGACCACAGGCCUUCUGGUUUGCAAAGAACGUCUUGAACUGAUGGAGUUUGAUGAAGCUAGGCCGGCUCCAGAUGACUUUGAUCCAAUCUCAUCUGACUCUAGUUCUGAAGAUGAAAUCUCAGACUAUGAAUCGCCUCCUAGUUACCCCUUCUAGGAACCUGAUGAAUCUGCUCAGGAGGAACUACAAUUUACCGGCUAGGGAAGUCUUGUAGGGAUGAGUUAGUUUAUGUGUGGUAGUGUCCAGUUUGCUUUUCCUAUUGAUUGUUGUUGAUUUGAAAUCGGAAUAUGUACUAUGUUUAAGUCUUUCGAUUAAUCUGAAUAAAAACUUCCCUUGCCA